AUGCUGCUUCUGCUGCUCCUGAUCUUCAAGGGACUCUUCUGCCCUGGGGAAGGCAUACAGGAGCCCCGGAACUCAGGACCCCUUCAUGCAGCAGCAGAGGAGGUCCCUGUCUUCCACUUCCUUCAGAGCUCCUCCUUCGUAAACAACAGCUGGGCAUACACCCAGGGCUCAGGCUGGCUGGGCGAAGUGCAGACACAUGGCUGGGACAAGGUGUUGGACACUAUCCGCUAUCUGAGGACCUGGUCUAGGGGUAACUUCAGCACGGAGGAGCUGAAGAACAUCCAGUCGUUAUUCCAGUUGUACUUUCAUGGUUUCAUCCGAGAAGUACAAGCAUAUGCCAGCCAAUUUCAGUUUGAAUAUCCCUUUGAGCUUCAAAUAUCAGCAGGCUGUAGCAUGCAUGUUGGGAAGCCGUCAGAAAGCUUCUUAAAUGGGGCUUAUCAAGGAACAGAUUUCCUGAGUUUCCAAGGAAAUUCCUGGCUGCCAUCUCCAGGAGCCGGGAGUCAGGCCCAGAAAGUCUGCAGGGUGCUAAACAAGUACCUAGACAUUAAGGAAAUAGUGCAGAACCUUCUCAGUGACACCUGCCCUCGAUUCCUGGCAAGCCUCCUCAAGGCAGGGAAGGCAGAACUGGAACGGCAAGUGAAGCCAGAAGUUUGGGUGUCCAAAGGUCCCACUCCUGGUCCUGGCCGUCUGACACUGGUAUGUCAUCUGGCUGGCUUCCAUCCGAAACCAGUGUGGGUGAUGUGGAUGCGGGGGAAACAGGAGCAGCAUGGCACUCGGCGAGGUGAUGUCCUGCCCAAUGCUGAUGAGACCUGGUAUCUCCAAGUAACUUUGGAUGUGGCAACUGGGGAAGCAGCUGGCCUGUCCUGUCAAGUGAAGCACAGCAGUCUAGGAGGCCAUGAUAUAAUCAUCUACUGGGAAGGCUCCUCCAUGUUCCAGAGAGUGACGUGUCUGACUGCCAUAGUCACAGCGAUCGCACUCACCGCCCUUGCGUUUUCAUUUCAAAGGCUUAGGUCAAGCUGGAAUGUUCUUGCUCCCAACAUGCAAGAAUCCGUCACUGGAGCCAACACUCAGGAGCCCAGGAGUCCAGGAUAUCAGUUUUGCUCAGCCUGGGAUUGGUGGGCCAAAAACAGAUUCUUGAAGAAAUGGAAAGCAAUCCUAAACCGAUUUUAG